AUGGACAUUAUUGAUAAUAUUUCCGAGUACCAAAAUUACUGGGAUACUAUCAGGUUUUGGAAUGAAGAGCUUAAUUUUAGUUGGGCAACAAAUGAUCAGCAAUUAAAUCUGGAGUACUAUGAUUCAAGCUCGCCGGACGGAACUGCUUCGACAAUGUUAGCCCCUAAAAAUACUGUUUCAGAGAGGAACAGGAGGAAGAAGCUUAAUGACAAGCUCUUAGCACUUAGAGAAGCAGUCCCCAGAAUCAGCAAAAUGGACAAGCCUUCCAUAAUCAAAGAUGCUAUUGAGUACAUCCAAGAUUUGCAAGAACAAGAGAAGAGACUCCAAGCUGAGAUAACGGAACUAGAAUCCCAAAGAUUGAUGAAAGAUCCUGGUUACGACUAUGAGCCUGAGCUAUCAGUCUUGUUAAGAUCCAAGAGAACAAGACAUGACCAAAUUUGGGAUCGCAGGUUGGCUAGAAGUUGUCCUAUUGAAGUUCAUGAACUUAGCAUUACUUAUAUGGGAGAGAACACUCUGUUCGUGAGCUUGACAUGCAAGAAAACAACAGACACCAUGAUUAGGAUUUGUGAGGUUUUUGAAUCUUUGAAGCUGAAAAUCAUCGCAACAAAUCUUACUACUCUCUCAGGGAUGGUCAAGAAUACAGUGUUGAUAAAGGUAGAUGAAGAAGAGAAAGAGCAUAUGAAGAUAAAAAUUGAAAGAGAGCUGUUUCAGCUUUUAGAUCCACAUACUGUCCCAUAA